UUUGCAAAUAUAUAUUGUAUUAUUUACAUUAGGGGUUUUAAUUCCCUAUAAAACGGAGAAUUGUAGAGAGGACGGAUUAUUCGUUUUUUUUCUGAGUUAUAGUUAAACGUAUAGUAGAUAAACUACAAACAUAAUGUAUUUCAAACUUACUUUUUUCUUAAUAGCCUCUGUUUUGAUUGCCAAUGUAGUGGGACCAGAAACAGGCGAAAGGAGCGACACCGACAUAACGGAUGUGACAUUUUCAACCGAGAAGCUUGAGAACGAGUUUAUGCGUAGAACUUUUGUAAGCAUUUUAAGCAAAAAUGGUGUAGCAUGUGGAGAUCACAGUACUAUUACUCGGGAAAUGUUUCGUGACUUCUUGAACGAUUCUGAAAUGAGUGAAUAUGUAUUAAACUAUUGCCGUGUGAGCAGUUCCCGUAACAAUGUGAUUGACAAAAUAACACUUGAAGAAUUUAUGCAUUUAAUAAGAAGUGCAACUGAACGUUCUACAUUUAAUACAAUUAAUGAAUUUACCAAACCAUAUUUGAAGCUAAAUGUAGCUUCAGUAGUCCAAGUAGAGGAACCAGAAACACGCGACCAUAUAAAGUCCAAAGUAAAAGGGGACAAGGAUUUCAUUUCGGUAUUAAAUAAAGGUUUAGAUAUCAAACCUGAAAAUAGACUAGUUUCAACAGAGGAUCUUGAGAACGAGCUUAUGUACACCAUUUUUGUAGCACUUUUACAUACAACUGGUUUAAAUUAUGAAGCUCAUAGUACUAUUAAUCUGGAUAUGUUUCGUGGCUAUGUGAAUGAUACUGAUAAGAGUAACACUAUAUUAGACAAAUUCCACUUGACCGGUGAAUGUAUUGAUAUAAUUAAUGGCAGGAUAACACUUGAACGAUUUAAGCAUCUAAUAAAAAGUGGAAGUAAAUAUUACUUAGAGACACUAAAUGAAUUCACUAAACACUUCAAUCAAAAUAUUUGAACACCGAAGACGCCGUUGUAAUAAUAAUUUUAAAUUUUAGUCUGCUGUUUGCAAAAUUUAUAAAUGUUACAUUCAAACC